AUGGUGCGGUACAGUCAACAUAGCUCGUAUCAGUGGUAUAUCACCCAGCGGUCUGCUGAAGGCCUGAAUCUCCCUGCCCUCCCAGUGCCUGAUACCCGUGGUUACACCCCUCUUUACCUAGGCGAACGUUUUUGCCGUGCUCUUAACUGUGGAAAAGACACACCGGCAACGUCCACUAAUAACCUGCGGAAACAUUACGCUUCGAAGCACCCUGAGUUGAUUCUGAAUGCUGCGGAAGGUCGACCUACAACUGUGGAAGAAACUGCGGCAAUCGGAUUUUAUACCGCUUUACGUGAUGCCUAUGAUGCCCGGAUUGCUGCCGCGGCAGAGGCCGCCGCCCUGAAUAAACCUACUAUUCCCCGUAAGAAGGAUGGUUCUAUUCACCUUACUGAGAUGAGGAAGCAAGUUAAAGCGCUUCACGGUCAGGUUCCAUGCGAGCCUUGUAAAGAUGCGAAUGACCGAGCUGGCUGCUGUCGUCUGGAAAAUGCGACUCGAUGCGAUAACUUUGAGUACUUCGAUUCCGAUGAUCAAAGUGAGGUUAGUGACCCGCCAGAGGAGGAGAAUGAUGGAGAAGAGUAA